UCGAACGGUCGGUCCGAUAGGAUAUUAUUCCGUCUAUAGCUUCCGGUCGAAGUGUGUUGUUGUGUUGUUCCGGUUCUUCCGGUGUGAUGGUCAUUUCAUUUUUUGAUUUCCUCUCGAUUGUUCGGUGGUUCGGAUGGUUCGUCGAGAUGUGACUUUGGAUGAAAGUUUUUCUCGUAUUUACUCUCUAACUAACUAUAGUGGAACACCAGAAACGGGGAGUCGAAGUUGGAGGAGGAGUAUUCGAAGUGAAGCAUCGGGGAUCGCAAAACAGUUUUCGUUUAUGUGAUUGAAGAGACCGGUGGUACACCCAAGUGGGAAAAGUUAACCUUAAACCGUGUCUCGCUCGUAUGGGUAACUAGAUUGACGACGCGACGCUAUCAGGAUGUCAGAUAAGAAAAAGUCCCAGCUUUAAAGGAAAGACGACAAGCCAAGGACCAAGUGACCGAACAGAAAUGUCUGCCUGUGAAGUGAAAUUUCGCAGUAAAAAGCAAAAUUGCACCAAAUGACCGCUGCUCUGGGUGGAAAACUUCUGUGAUGUGAUGUUUCGUUUGAUCCACCGACCAGAUGCCAGCAGUUCCGAUUCCGGUGUGUGUGUGAAUGAGAAGGAAAAUAAGUCGAGGCGUCUAUAUUCCAUACAUCGCCGCGUCAUCGCUGUCUUCCCGGAACUCCCAGAAAGUGUUCCCUAUAGUAGUACAACAGAAAAGUGUUUUCCCAAACCCUAAUAAGAAGUUGGGGGUGUGUGGGGGAGGGCAUUUCCGUUCCUCUUGGAGCUGUUCUGUGUAUCUGGAGCUGUUUAACGACCCAUUCUGGCCUGGUUUGGCUGCAACGUGUGAGUGGCAAAAACAAAACGGCAAAAUCCCAUCCAUCUGAAGUGGCCGCCCAUUACCGGUUUGCGAUCUCUCUAAGAGGGGAAGGAGUAGGAAAAGGAGGAAGGAGAGCAGCAACAGCAUCACAUUAGUAAAAAGGGAUGAAGUCCGCAAUCCUGUAUCCUUACGGGCCUCUUCGUGCUAAUGGCUGCUGUCGGAUGCUGCAUGCGAAACAUUUAGCGCUAACGAGUGCCAUUUACACGCUGAACAUCUCCAUCCUGGUGGUGCUGCUCUAUUCCUGGCGAAUCAGUGUCAACGUGAAAAAGUACAGCGAUCUCGAGGACGUGUACUAUGGUGUACAAAUCGCAUACUUCGCCAUCAUCGGAACGCAAUGUUCAAUGAUUCUGCUGAGUGUGGUUCUGAUAUUCGGAAUCUACAAGGAGAACAUUGGGCUCGUAGUGCCGUGGAUAAUCGGAUUCAUCACUUUCAUGGCGCUCGAAGCCGUGGCCAUGGUUUACUCCAAUGUGCUGAGGGAUCAUGUCAAUAGGCAAUUUGACUCCCUGUGUAAAGCAGAAGUGGCCUUUUUCAUAUCACGAGCAUUUAUCAAUGCUCUGGCGAUGUUGGCCGUGACGCGCUUCUACAACCUGUUGCGUGCCGGUGUCACCUGGAAGGGGCCGGAAAUCAUCGAACUAUGACACAACUCGAACGACACGGAGAAAACGCUGGCGUCUCUCCGGGACGAAACCCACCUGAUAGUGCGGAUCCGCGAUCCGGACGUGGACGGAGGCGAGGACGGGAAUGCCGAUGGUUCUGCGGAUCGACGGUGGCGAACCGGAAGUGAGGACAGCAGUCAGGAAGGGGAAACCGAGGACGACAACAUGAUUGAUGGAUCGUGUUCAUUGGUUGGCCGAAGCAGCGGGCGGAAGUUCGAUCGAGGGAAACAGGGUCGGUCCUCGGGAAGCAGGAAAUCGAACACCCCAGGCCCCAAUGCCGACGACGAGGACGACGACCGGAUGAGUGCCGGAAGUGGUUCCGAUGAGGACGACUCGCUGCUGGUGGCGUACGAUAGCAACUCAGUGGCGUCCGUCUGACAAUAUCGAAAGCUGGUCAGGCGGACUGUGGCGGAUUUCCGACGACAGACGGACAGUGCUGUGUUGUUAUUUUUGAUUAUAUUUUGUAUCGAAGUUUAUGCGCAAAUUUAUAUAUUUUUCUAGAACACGGGAGCGAGCGGCAAACAACCGGAUUGCAAUAUAGAUGUACAGUUUAUUGUUAUAUGAGAGGAAACGGAAAAAAAAACAUAUGCGUAUGUUGAACUGUGUGAGCUGAAAAGCUCGCACGUGUUGAUACUUUAUGUGAGUUGAGGUUCGAUCGGGUGAUAGGAAAUCGAUAUAAACCAAAACAAAGCUAGAAAUAAAUAGAAAUGAAAUAUUAUUUACCUAGGUGUAACGGCCCCCAGAGGCAAGGGGACAUAAAACAAAAUUCCUACGACGGACGUCGGUUAUCAACAAGAACCAACAACAGCUACAAGCAUAGAGAAUUUAGGCGAAACAAAGAGAAAUCGUAGUAAUCGAGUAUAUUGAGAGAAUAUACAGUAAUAAUUGCAGAAAAUUAGUCCAAACAAUAGGGGCUGCCACAGAUAUAAAUAAAUGAAUGUUUGAAGAAUUAAA